AUGAAGCCGUGCCCAUAUAGCUCGCUGGCGAUUGCCGACGACGCGGCAAUCCUCGCAGCCGACGACAACUGUCCACUGACGUCACCUGUGUGCUUGCUCAACAAGCGGUGCUUCCUCCGCACCUACGACUACAGAGCGCUGGUCGAAAUGCUGUCGGCCGACUACACCGAGUUGUCGGCACAAACUGUGGCCAACUACUCGUUCGCCGCCGUCGGCAACGUCACCAACUACGCCAACGCGACGCUCGGCUUUGACUGUGGCGGCGGAUACGUCGACCUCACCAAGCUCGUCCUGCCAAACAUGCUCAACGCCAUGAACCGGUGCAAGCUGCGGUCACUCUCGCCGACGAUUGUGUGGCCGUCGAACCUCGAGUCGCUGUCGCUUACUGACGGCCAGCUGAGUGUGCUGCCCCCGAACCUCCCCCCGACCCUUCGCAUGAUACGACUCGGUGGCAACCGCAUUGAAGACAUCACGAAAUUGCGAACGCUGCCAUUGACCUAUCUCGAUUUGCGCGGCAACGCGCUCACAUCACUCCAAGACAUGUACUGGCCCGCCCUCACGUGCUUGUACUGCGAAGUUCCAUAG